CCUCACCACACGCAUCCGCAACUUCUCUGCAGCUUCACCACCACCACUUCCCGCCAUGGCACCCACUGCCUCGCCGCACAAGCGCAAGGUUGUCAAGCACCGCACCAACGCCGCAGAGGCCGGCGGUCGCGCAGCGCACCACGCCACGGGCGGCGGCGGCGGCCGGCGGCAAGGCUUCCAGGUCGGGCCCAAGCAUGCGCCCGACGGCAGCUAUCUUGGCCGCGCCAAGAAGAUCAAGAGCCGGCUGAUCGAGAAUGCCAAGGUCAAGAAGGCCUUCUACCGCGGCGCAGGCUCGAGCAGCAGUGGCGCGCCGGCGCUCAUCUCCGAGGCCGAGCAGGUCGCCACGCGCGACGAGGGCCGCUUUGCGCCCGAGGACCCCGUGGCCAAGGCGGCGCUGGCGGACGUCGACGAGGUGCUGCGUGUGCGCGAGCAGAAGCGGGCAAGGGGCACGGCAGCGGGCGAGAGCGCGGGGCCGAGCACGAGCGCAGAGGGUAGCAGGGGCAAGGGGGACGAGGCACCAGGGAAGCGGCGGCGAAGAGAGCGGCCGAAGUUCGCGCCUCCGCCGCCGCGCAGCAAGGGCAAGCAGCGCGAGGAGCGGGCAGCCGCAGCGGUGCCGGCCAGCAGCGACAAGCCGCAGCGGACACGCGAGCAGGCCGAGCAGGAGCGGCGGCAGCGCGAGAAGAAGGCGGCCAAGACGAACAGGCGCGGGCAGCCGGAUCUGGGCGCGCGCAUGGAGCUGCUGCUCGAGAAGAUCAAGCGGUGAGGCAGUCGUCACACGUGGUGCGGCACAAUGUCAUGCUUUUUGUGCGCAGCAUCUGCGCUUGCCUUCUGUCUACUCGCUGGCCAUCUGGCACGCAUUGUCGAACGCCACGCGCACGGCGUCGUCCUCCGGCACGUCCUGGAAGACGAGGGACGAGAUAGUCUCGCUGUUGGCGGCGAGCUGCUUUGCGAA